GGCAUUGCCCGAAUGGUGUGUUUGCGCCAUGACCACGUGACUCUCUGUGAUGCGACGUGACUCGCUCAACAGGAUCCGCCUUCUCCAGGCAACCGCAUCGGCAAGCAACAGUUGCUCGGCGCAGGACGCCGGCUGUGCUUCGGAAGUAUUUCCUGCAAAACUGGAUACCAGCCCUCUCAUUGGUGUAAAGGUCCCAGGGUCGUAGGCUCGGGUCUCAUUCGGCCUCGGCUAGGGUUAUUUCGGAUAACGAGCCUAGUCCAACAAUAACGGGGACCUUCGACCUGAAGCAUUCUCGCUACUGGAAGAACUGAUACUGCCAAAGGAUAUCGAUCUAAGGAGUCAGCUCAAGUCGUCGCCGCACCGUUUGUUCUUCUCUCUUGACAGGAACUUUGCUCGGUGUAUUGCUUGUAACACUAUCAAAGAUUCGCGCCAGGGGAGCCACUGCCGCACAGACUGUGCUGAUUCAUGCAUCGUCAGGCAGACCGCGCUGGUUGCACCUCUACUGUAUCCGGGAGUAUAAGCUAUUCAGAGAAUCUCAGACGAAGGUCGCUGACUCUGUCCAGCACAGCACGGGUUUCUCAAGACGGAUCCAUAUUUGUUACCGCAGCCGACAGAGAGCUGUGCGUGAUGGCUCAAGCCUUUCGCGUGUGAUAGCCCUCGUCCUCCAGCUGAGAUCAAGGGGCGAGUUGGGCGAUGAAUCGAAGUCCUGCGCUGCAGUGACUCACUGGGCGUCCUGUUUUGUUACUUUCUCUGCUGCUAGUACUGCUACUGCUGUUGAUUGAAUGCUUGGAUCUCUCGCUGAGUCGUGGCACUGAAUGGCGGACUAUAAGUAAUCGCAACAACCCACAGACAUAAUGUCCGGGUCUUCGAACUCCUCCAAGUCUGCCGUCGACUCCUCCAUGUUUUCAAAGCGCCGCCGAGCAUAUAUGGCCUGUACGAAUUGUAGACAGCGCAAAAUCAAGUGCAUCACUUCCUCCGAUGGAGACUUUCGGCCAUGCACACGAUGCGCGAAGCGCAAUCUGCAGUGCGAAUACGUCGCAGUCCCUGAAGAAUUCGGAUACGGGUACCAGACCGACUCUGCGUCUUCAGGGUCCACAAACGCCUCCGGACAAUAUCUCGCAGCUGCUGGUGCUUCGUGGGCGCCCCAAGCAAUUACCCCGCCCUCCGCCGGUCUCAACAAUUACAUGCAACCGAGCGCCGGUGGCCCGUCCAGCCAACGCGCUUCUGGGGCUCCCGUGCAGCCCUACACCAGCUCCCGCGGCGACUACUCAACUCAAUUGCGAGCUCCACAGCAGGGGAGCGGUCUCCCGGCCGCGGGAUACCCGUAUGCCGGGAACUACUAUACUGGAUAUGGAUCCACCCACCAGCAACAGUAUUCACAACAGCAAAUGUACGCCGCAGGCGGUCCGACUCAACCCGUGUAA